AUGGCAGUAGAGGAUUGGAGACCUGGCUUCGCCGAGGGUCAAAGAAGAAGACCCCUUUGUCUACAAACUGGCACAUCAUCCGGCUCGGCUGGGCGAACGUCUUUUUGCCCACUGACCGAGGCGCAGACGCAUGUUUAUACUUCACCUGCCCUGCACUUCCGUUUCGCCUUUAUCCGUCACGUUGGUCAUGUUUAUUUACUCGGUCGGCCGGACGCGAUGUCAUCCCGCCGGAGCCAAUCAAAGCCCAUUGUCGACCGGUUCAUUCGGCCCCCUAUUGCUGGCCGGCGAGUCUACUCGACUCCGGCUUGGGAUCUGGGCCCACCAACUUCCGCCGGGUCUGGCUAUAAAAUCGGACCCGUUUUGUCGGUUCAGCCGUGCUUGGAUGGAUGGUCCUUCUGCCAUUCACAAUGUUGA